AUGGUCCAACUCAAGCCGGCACUGCUUGCCCUCGCGAGCACGUUGGGGUACGGCUCCUCGCUCUGGCCCAGCACCCAGUCUGGCCAACCGGUCGAUCCUAGAGUCCUGACCAACUUUGGCGGAUGGUCGUUCUACGUCCCUAACGGCGAUGCUGGGCGCUACGGGAUCGACAGCCAGCUCUUCCCAGGGUGUCAAGUCGACCAAGUCAACCUCAUGAUGCGGCACGACUUUCGCGGUCCCUCCAAAGGUGUUGGCUCGGGUAUCGCUACGAUGAUCUCAAAGCUGGUCAAUGCGAGCAAUAGCGACGAUGCGCAGGCCAAGUUCAGUAUCGGAGAUGGAGAGGUUCACCCGGAGCUCGAGUUCUUGUCGCGGCUUGAAGAAAACUACGAGGCUGUCACGCCCGAGCUUCUCACUGCGUACGGUGAGGAGGAUGCGCAUGCUAGCGGGUAUCGCUUCAAGAACAAGUACGGACACUUGCUGGGCCACAAGGACUGGUUCAAUGCACCCGUCAACCAGACUCUGCCCGUGUUUGUCAGGACGACGGACCAGAGCCGAGUCAAUGUGACCAGCUGGGCGUUCUCGCAAGGCUUCAUGGGUCUCGACUGGCGACAACGCCUGGCUGCUCCGCUCCUGACGCUGCCGGAUAGCGUCAAGACGUUCAACGACUCGCUCGCCGUUGGGACGUGUCCGUACUCGAACAACGACACUUCGUCAGACGACGCUUUUGCCGCCUGGAACAAGGUCUGGCUCCCGCCUGUAGUGCAGAGGCUCCAGCGAGCCCUACCCAGAUUGAAUCUCACCACGUCCGACGUGCAGGCCAUGCAGAACGCAUGUCCCUUCCAGUCGGCCUACCUGGGGCAUUUGUCGCCGUUCUGUGCCGUGUUCACGUUGCGUGAAUGGCAGCUCUACUCGUACGGCCAGGAUGUGCAGCAGUAUGCGAAUGCAGGAUACGGCGGGCCCCUCGGCAGGGCAUGGAGCGUCGGCUGGGUCAACGAGCUGCUCGCCCGCCUCACCGACACGCCCGUCGACGACCACACCUCGACCAACACCACGCUCGACGCGCACAACCAGACGUUUCCGCUCAAACUGCCCGUCUACCUCGACUUUACCCACGACACGCAGCUCGCCUCGGCCAUCGCCGUCAUGGGCCUGCUGCACGACAAGACGAAGCUGGACCCAUCCACCAGCUCUCCCAACAAGGACAGGCUGUGGAAUGCGGCUCACAUCGUGCCUAUGGGCGCGCGCAUCGAGGUGGAGCGCCUGACGUGCGAGAACAAGCGCGACAAGUAUGUGCGCGUGGUGUUGAACGACGCUGUGCUGCCGCUGACCGGGCUGAAGCAGUGCAGUGUGAAUGUGCAGGGGAGGAAGCAUGCUGCCGCGGGCUUGUGCAGGCUGACCGACUUUGUUGCGAGUCAGGCUUUCGCGCAGGCUGGUGGCAACUGGAACAACUGCUACCUAUAA